GUAGCGUCCAACAAGGGUCGGCCGCUCCUAUUGCUAAAACAAGAAAAACCUCUGAACGAUGUAGAGCAGGGCGGGGACAUGGCAACAAUUCGAGCACAUGUGGCAACAACGGUGGCUGCUCAGGCAACGACUGUGACAAAUGUGGCAUCGACUGUGACAGACGUGGCAACAAUCGUGACAAACGUGGCAACAAUGAUGAUAGAUGUGGCAACGAUGGUGACAGAUGUGGCAUCGACUGUGACAGACGUGGCAACAAUCGUGACAAACGUGGCAACAAUGAUGAUAGAUGUGGCAACGACUGUGACAGACGUGGCAACGACUAUGACAGACGUGGCAACGACUAUGACAGACGUGGCAACAAUGGUGACAGAUGUGGCAACGACUAUGACAGACGUGGCAACAAUGGUGACAGAUGUGGCAACGGAAGAUGCCACAUCGUGUUGCCAACAAUAAGUGAAGCAUGGACACAAUUAAACCAAACUUUGCAUACCUUCCCCACUUGA